AUGGGAGUGAGUGUGGAGUGGUAUGGGGUGGGUGGCUGGGUUAGGUGCGCUGCCGGCCCGCCGGCCGGCCUCCGGAGUGUUGGGAAGGUGUGGUGUGAUAUUGUGUUUGGUGUGGAGUGUGAGGUGAGACUGCCCAAUGGGUCCUGGUCAGGACUAAUGGGACUCAUCACGAGGGAGGAAGCGGACAUCACCGGCAUCGGCGUGAUGGUGACGCCCGACCGCCUUGAGGACGUGGACAUGAGUGAAUUCCUUUACCUGGACGAGGUUUCCGCUGGCUAUAAGAAACCCGUGUUUGAGUCGGACAUCAACGGCUUUCUGAAACCUUUUACGCCGCUGUCAUGGGCGUUGAUUUUGGCUACUCUUCUGGGUGUGUUGACUGCUGCCUGCGGGGUACGUGUUGCAUAUGCAAGAGUGAGUCAACAGCGCAGGAGGGAGAGGAGAGCCUUCCCUUCUGUUACUCGGCAUCCUUCAGAUAGAACACCUCCCAUAACAGACGAGGUCAUGUUGUGGACUGUGGGGGCGAUUCUGGCGCAGUCCAUCAGCAAGGUGCCUCGAGGUGAUUCAGUCCGCGUGAUCACCGGCCUGUGGCUUCUCGCGUCCCUCAUCCUGACUACAGUGUAUCGCUCCAAUCUGAAGGCGAUGCUGAUUCUGCCCAAACUCAACUUGCCUUUUGAUAAUCUCGAGCAGCUGGUGGAGACGGAUCUGCCUGUGUGGAUGUCGUCGAGUACCACGAUCUAUCAGGCUAUACAGAGCGCCCCUCCGGACACGUCUCUAGGCCGCCUCCUGCUGCAGGUCUACCACAAAGACCCUGUCCUGUCGAUCGAGAAUCUGAUCAAGGGCCACCACGUCCUCCUCGUCCCCCGCUCGGCCCUCCUGCAGAUCCUCCACCAGACGUUCUCCACCACCGGACAAUGCAUGAACUACAUCAUGUCUGAAAGUUUCAUGAAAACGACGACCUUAAGGCUCAUUUUCCCGAAAGGAUCGUUGCUGAAGGAAAGAGUCGAUCCUAUCAUCUGGCGCAUGAGAGAAGCCGGAAUCCUCGACCACAUCUUCAUGAAGGCUGUUUACAACGCGUCCGAAUGCAUGAAACACGACGUCGCUCAGCCGAACAACAGCCUUCGGACACUGGAACUCGGAGAUUUCUAUGGGGUCUUCAUCGUCUAUGCUGUAGGAAUCGUCUUUGCAUCCAUUGCCUUCAUCACUGAGGUCGUCCUCGGGAUCAGCAGCAAAGAAUUAUCACUCGACUGA